AUGUCGAAGAGUAGGAUAGCUCCGUUAAAAAAGUUGUCCCUCCCUAGGUUGGAAUUGAUGGGGGCUGUAGUUGCAGCUAGGUUAGGGAAAUAUUUAUUGAAAAUGUUUCAGGAUUUGGUAGGUAGGUUAGUUCUGUGGACGGACUCCGAAAUUUGCUUGUGGUGGAUAAAGGGGUCAGCGCGUGAGUGGAAACAGUUCGUGUCGAAUAGAGUUGCAGAAAUACAAGACUGUACCUCGCCUGAUAAGUGGAAAUAUUGUCCAGGGUCGGAAAACCCAGCAGAUAAAUUAACUCGUGGUGAAACAGCAAAUGCAUUGGUGAAAGAUAAUAACUGGUGGCAUGGUCCAUCAUGGUUGAAAGAUUCUGAAGAUCAAUGGCCUGAGCAGAAGUUUAAAGUAGAAACUGAUUCUCAAAAUUUAGAACGUUUAAGCACUUAUGUUCAAGUGACUAUUCCAGAAGAAGAAAAUGCGUUAGACAUUACCAAAUUCAGCAGUCUAGAAAAAUUGUUGAGAGUUACAGCUUGGGUAAAGCGGUUUGUCGCCAAGCUAAGAAAACGUGCCUGUGAAGAAGGUCCUCUUACUGUAUUGGAGAUCCAAGAAGCUGAGGAGUACGGGAUAAAACAAGUACAGAGAGCGAAUUACUUUUCGGAUAUUCAACAACUAGAGAGGAAUAAUCUAAUAACACCAGAUUCUAAGCUUUACAGUUUAGCACCAUAUCUGGACAGUAGAGGUAUUUUGCGUGUCAGAGGUCGUUUGGAACAAUCAGAAUUAAUAGAUGACGAAAAACAUCCCAUUAUUCUGCCCAAAACGAAGUUCACCGAACUAGUGAUAUUUAGUGAACACAUAAAAGUAUUCCAUUCAGGAGUCAUGGCAACAUUGUCCAAAGUCAGGAAUAAAUUUUGGAUACCUAAAGGAAGAAAAGUAGUAAAGAAAGUUAUUAACGCUUGCCUGGUGUGUAAAAAGUUCGCAGUGAAGCCCGCCAAACAGUUAACGGGUCAGUUACCCACAGAUCGUGUAGUCCAAAGUAAUCCUUUCACAGUAGUAGGCAUCGACUUAACGGGAGCAGUUACUAUUAGAGAAAAAGCGGCAAGAAGAGGGAGCUGCAAAGUGAUUUAUUCAGAUAAUGCGAAGAAUUUCCGCAGCACAUGUGAAAUAAUUAAAGGAUUUAAAAGAAUCAAAGCAGAUCCAAGUGUGAGUGAUUUCUUGACAUCCAAAGAGGUAACAUGGAAAUUCAUACCUGAGCGUUCCCCAUGGUGGGGAGGGUUCUGGGAGCGUUUGAUGAGAAGCAUCAAGGAACCUCUGAAGAAAAUCUUAGGGAGAGCAUUACUGACUUUCGAAGAGCUCUCUACAAUAUUAAUUGAACUCGAGUGUGUGCUAAAUAAUAGACCUCUAACAUACGAGAGCAACGAGCUGGGUGAACCUCGCCCGCUCACACCUUCACAGUUUUAUUGCCAGGACGUGGUACAUUUAACUUUCCCGAGCAUUUCUUGGAAAUUUUUAACAAGGUAUCCGACAAAGAGACUUUAA